ACGUCAUAAAUAGACGCUCGGGUUUUGUUAGUAAACUGUAACUGUAGCUAAAACAAUAAAAAGAGAACCUCUCGAAAAGCCUGUAAAAUGUCUUCAGCGAUAUAUCUGGAAAAUUAUUUAGACGGAUUGGAAUCGCUGCCCACUGAACUGGAACGGAACUUCAAGUUGAUGAGAAAACUGGAUGAUCGGGCGCAAACGGCGAUGAAAAGCAUCGACAGUCAUGCAAAAGAUUUCAUGCGCAAACUAACCGCUGAGAAUGGUGCGAUGAGCGAAGAGGAGCGCAAGGAGCGAUUGGAGGACAUAAAGGCGCUGUUUGGCAAGGCCAAGGAGUACAGCGAUGACAAAGUACAGCUGGCCAUACAAACGUAUGAGCUUGUGGAUAAACAAAUCCGGAGGCUGGACAACGAUCUGGCGCGCUUCGAGGGCGAAAUUCAGGAAAAAGCUUCGUCAACGCGCGCCAAGUCCGAGGAGGCAGUAGCCAAAAAGGGAGGCCGUAAGAAGACCAAGGACGGCAAGGCGACGGGCAAAAAGAAAAAGCCAGCCUCCUCAGAUGAGGAGACCGGGCGUGGCAAUCAAUCGAACAGCGCCAGCGGGGCUAAUCUCAACGCCAGCAGCAGCGCUGGUCAAGGUAGCAAAAAGAAAAAGACCAAGGUAAAUCAAGAAAAAGAAACUCGCAAGGGGGGCGCCCAAAAGAAAACGGCUGAUAUUGAUGACUCGGAGAAGGAAUCUUGUCACACGGCCGCAACACAUCCCAGCGAUGUCAUGGAUAUGCCUGUGGAUCCGAACGAGCCAACGUAUUGCCUAUGUCACCAAGUCUCCUAUGGCGAGAUGAUUGGCUGCGACAAUCCAGACUGUCCCAUUGAGUGGUUCCACUUUGCCUGCGUGGGGCUAACCACAAAACCAAAAGGCAAAUGGUUCUGUCCCAAGUGCACGCAGGACCGUAAAAAAAAGUAGACUAACAACCAUUUGCCCCAGACUUCACCAUGUGGCAACGAAUUGCGUUUGGCUCAAUGCUGCAGCCACUGUGUCUGUCAAUGUAAAUAAUCUGCAUAUAACGCCAAUUAGUUCUUAGUUUAGCAUAAGUAUUACGUACUUUAAAUAAA